CAGGGAAUCCUUAUCAAGCCAUCCAUGGUCAGAUAAUGAAUUACAAAGUAAGUUUUCAAUUUAUAAAUAAUACAGAGCCUACCACUAGGUAUAGAAAGUUUGUGUAUAUAUGUAUAUAUCGUAACUUGGAUUAUCAAUCUGCUCCAAUAUUCAGUUUCAACCAAGUGAACUGCAGAAAAAAAUCUUUCAAAUUACCUUAAACAUUAUUGUGUUCUCUGUUAAAUCUCCAAUCAAUUUUUUUGUAAGAAUGUAAUCAUUGAACCUUGUCUAAUUGGAUCACCAAAGACAAAUGAUUCAAUUUCUUUUGUCAACAUAGUAUCCUUUUACGAAUUUCUUGUAGAUGAACUUGAAAGAUUACAACAACUGACAAAGCAACUAAACAAAAGUUUGGAAUCAUCUGGACUGUCAGCUCUCCCUGGUACUGAUCUGGAUUUAAUGCAGGACUCUCAAACAUUUAUUAAGAAAGCAAGAGAAGAGACAGACAAUAGUAGGAGUACAUUACUCCGAAUUCAAUCCAACUGUAAAACUUUAGUACAAGCAAUGAGUAAGAAAUGAUGUUUUAUUCAUGCAUGCAGUGAUGAAGCUAGCCAUGGCGACAGGUCAUGCCAUGCAAAUUUUUAAUGAUUUCUCUAAACCUUUAGAAAUAGAUUGUUUUAACCUUUUUAGAUGCAAGUUUAUUGGCAUAGCAUGUCCAGUUGCCAUGGCUUUUAUUGUAUACACUCAGUAUAUCUGGGUGAAAUCAUAGACAAUCCAGAAGACAGGGACUGGAAACGCCUAAUGUUUUGCGCGUGCCAUCCGUGAUGUGCUUGCGUGACGCUUGUGCCAAUCAUGCCAUGUGCAGUAAAUUACUGAAUGGCGCCUUUUGCUUCGAAAAAGAAUAAAGCGAUAGAUUGUGGACCGGUACUUGUCUGCUGUUUUACAGCUCUUUAUAUACUGGAAAAUUGUUUAAAUAAUCUACACCGAAAAGGGAGUUAGGUAUAUCACAUUGUGUGUAAAGUUUAUACUGAAACGGAUCUGCUAAUAUUCAGAGACGAGUGCAGAGAAUUUUCGAGCUUGUUCAAAAUUUUGAUUUCCAAUUUGGGGUGGACUUUCAGGCACGAUUCAGGUUUGUUUGCGUAUUUUAGUUUACUUUAAUUAAGUUUGCGUAUAUUUAUUCAAUUUUGCUUCACUGUAAUUACGUUAUUACCCUGCAUGGUUCCAGAGGUUUAAAAUAAACCUCUGGUUGAAAGCGGCAAUUGAUUCAUCGAGCCGCGCCAAUCAGUUUGAAUUAGGGUCAGAUCCUGACUCUGUCUCCUGAUUGGAUGAUUGUAUUAAAGCUCUCUGAUUGGUUAUAGAUGUUUUAUUUGAAUCAAUCAGAGAGCUUUAAUACAAUCAUCCAAUCAGGAGACAGAGUCAGGAUCUGACCCUAAUUCAAACUGAUUGGCGCGGCUCGAUGAAUCAAUUGCCGCUUUCAACCAGAGGUUUAUUUUUCCUCUCCCCGUCGCAAUGAAAAUAAUAAAAAAUAAACCUCUGGAACCAGGGUAUUACGUUAUAUAAAUUGAUUGAAGUUAUCUUUUCGAAGUUUUCCUUGAUCUAUAUUUUAAAAUUUGAAUUUGGCAAUUUCGGUUUUUAAAUUAAUAUACCUUCCAUUUUUAAUAUUGACAACAAAUCCUUUCUUUCUUUCUUUCUUUCUUUCUCGAAAACCUUUUUGCUAAGGCAUCCAUUAUUUAAAAGAAGUAAAAACAAGGUUUCAGUUAUUUUAACGGUGAGUUUUGUAUGUCUAACACUCUUAACUUUCGACAACAGUGCCAACAAGAAUGCCAAUGGCAAUGACGACUUUUUUGCUGUCAAAAACAUUACGCAUGCAAUCAUUAAAAGGUGGUUUUUGCUUUUGUUUGACCCAAUAUAAGUUUAAAAACCGGAGAAAUGCAUCCACAUGUCUAUAUUUGUUUUAAAUAUGUAAAUUGCAAACCCUGAACUUUAUUUAAACUGUAGUUGCAGGGUUCGAAGUUAGGCGGUACAAACUUUGCCGCACAAAAACAUUACGCAAGCAUUCAAAGGACGUUUUUGGCUUUGUUUGACCCGAUAUAAGUUUCAAAACGGGACAAGUGCAUCCACAGGUC